UAUGUUUUAUGUCCUGUCAAACGUGUAUUAAUUUAUAAUUUCCUAAGUGUUAAUUUUUGUUUAAUUGCUUUAAAAUUUGUUAAUGUUUGAUGUGUUCGCCUAGUGCUCUUUAAUUCGUGCUUUGUUUUGAAUUUUUGGUUUCUUUGUUUGUUUGCAACUGCUCUCUAAACGACUGGGAUAAAAUUAUCCACUUGAUGUUAACGUUAGUAAAAUGAGCUCUAUUGUAAAACCGUCAGCUCGUAUACCUAAAACAACUCCGAUUAGUGUCGAUUAUGAAAUAUCUAAUAAUGUCCUGGGAUUGGGAAUCAACGGUAAAGUGGUGGAAUGCUUCUCGAAAAAAACCAAGGAAAAAUAUGCUCUGAAGGUUUUGCAUGAUUGUGUCAAGGCAAGAAGGGAGGUGGAUUUGCACUGGAGGGCUAGUGGCUGCAUACACAUUGUUAACAUUAUUGAUGUAUAUGAAAAUACUUAUAGCAACAAGAAAUGCUUGUUAGUUGUGAUGGAAUGCAUGGAGGGUGGAGAGUUGUUCCAACGCAUACAGGACAAGCCAGAUGGAGCAUUUACCGAGAGAGAAGCUGCACGAGUCAUGCAUGAAAUUUGUAUUGCUGUGAAAUUUCUACAUGACACUCACAUUGCCCACAGAGACUUAAAACCAGAGAACUUACUUUAUUCUCUUUCUGGUCCUCUAGGAAUACUUAAGCUUACAGAUUUUGGUUUUGCAAAAAAUACUUUUAACAAUGCUACUUUACAGACCCCAUGUUACACUCCAUAUUAUGUUGCUCCAGAAGUUUUGGGGCCAGAUAGAUAUGAUAAAAGCUGUGACAUUUGGUCAUUAGGUGUUAUUAUGUACAUACUGUUAUGUGGAUUCCCUCCUUUUUAUAGUAACACUGGCAUGCCAAUUUCGCCAGGAAUGAAAAAGCGUAUACGCACAGGACAAUACAACUACCCAGAUCCAGAGUGGCAAAACGUUAGCCAAGAUGCUAAGGAUUUAAUUAGUGGAAUGUUAAAUAUUGAUGCAGAUAAAAGGCUGACUAUUGAUGAAGUUAUUAAGAACAAUUGGAUUGCUCAAUAUACUGCAGUGCCUCAAACACCGUUACACACGCACAAGAUGUUGAAGGAAGGUGAAGAAAUUUGGCCUGAAGUGCAGGAGGAAAUGACCCGCUCUUUGGCUUCGAUGAGAGUCGAUUACGAUCAAGUUCACAUCAAGGCCCUGGAAAAUUCGAACAAUCCGCUGUUGAACAAACGUCGCAAGAAGAUCUCCGUAACUGAAAAUUAAGCGCAUCAAAAAAAAUUGCACAUCACUUAAUUCUUAAGUUUAACAAUUUUAAAUUGCUUCUAAA